ACGGAGGCCAGUGUGUGUGUGCUGAACUAAGCGGAGGUGAAGAAGAGGAGGAUGAAGCUUGGAGCGGAGGAUGGGAGGAAGAGUGGAGUAAGAGACAGGCUAGCCGUGAGUGAAUGAGUGAGUGAAUGAGUGCGUGAGGAAGAGGAAAGGAAGGUCGUUGGAGGGACCGAAACCUGAGAUUAUUCGGAGGAGAAGAUUCCCGCUGGACAUUUAUCGUCGGAAACUUUCAACUUUUUACCCGCCACAGUGGGCUUGUUGUGCCGGGAGCCGGCUUUGUUUCACGGCGGGGGUGUCUGCGAUAAAUGAAGGAAUCAUAAAACGCACCGACCUUCUUCUACCCGGGUGGGUCUAUUUUGGGCGAGGAUUAAGAAAGAAUGGCGGCCAACAUGUACCGAGUAGGAGAUUACGUGUAUUUUGAAAACUCCUCCAGCAAUCCGUACCUCAUCCGAAGAAUAGAAGAGCUUAACAAGACAGCAAAUGGGAAUGUGGAAGCCAAGGUGGUGUGUCUAUUCAGGAGGAGAGACAUCUCCGGUAAUCUCAACACAUUGGCUGACAGCAAUGCACGAGAAUUUGAGGAGGAGUCAAAGCAGCCGGUGUUGGCCGAACCUCAAAAGCACCAGCUCAAACACAGAGAACUCUUCCUCUCUAGACAAUUUGAAUCUUUGCCAGCAACUCAUAUAAGGGGAAAAUGUAACGUCACGCUCCUUAAUGAAACAGACAUCCUGGCUGGCUACCUGGAAAAAGAGGACUGUUUCUUCUAUUCACUGGUGUUUGACCCGGUCCAGAAAACUCUCCUGGCAGAUCAAGGAGAGAUUCGUGUGGGCUCCAAGUACCAAGCAGAGAUCCCAGAGAAGCUAGCCGAGGGAGAAUCAGACAACAGGGUCCAGGAAAAGAUGGAGACAAAAGUGUGGGACCCCAACAACCAGCUCAAAGAUCCUCAGAUCGACCAGUUCCUGGUGGUAGCAAGAGCUGUGGGGACGUUUGCCAGAGCGCUGGAUUGCAGUAGUUCCAUUCGUCAGCCUAGUCUGCACAUGAGUGCUGCAGCGGCCUCCAGAGACAUCACAUUGUUCCAUGCCAUGGACACGUUGCAGAAGAACGAUUAUGACUUGGCCAAGGCCAUGUCCACCCUGGUGCCACAGGGAGGGCCAGUGUUGUGUCGCGACGAGAUGGAAGAGUGGAGCGCCUCUGAGGCCAUGUUGUUUGAGGAAGCUCUGGAGAAAUACGGCAAAGAUUUCAAUGACAUCCGUCAGGAUUUUUUGCCUUGGAAGUCUCUAGCCAGUGUAGUACAGUUCUACUACAUGUGGAAGACUACAGAUCGCUACAUCCAACAGAAACGACUAAAAGCGGCAGAAGCUGACAGCAAGCUGAAGCAGGUUUACAUCCCCACCUACACCAAACCCAACCCCAAUCAGAUCAUGGUUCCUGGAAGCAAGCCUGGCAUGAACGGUGCUGCAGGCUUCCAGAAAGGUCUCAGUUGUGAGAGCUGCCACACGGCUCAAUCUCCUCAGUGGUACGCCUGGGGUCCCCCCAACAUGCAGUGCAGACUGUGUGCCUCCUGCUGGAUCUACUGGAAGAAGUAUGGCGGUCUGAAAACUCCCACUCAACUGGAGGGAGCUGCAAGGACUGGCUCGGAGUCGGGACCCCGUGGUCACAUGACCCGCCACGAAGUUCAGGGCUUGUCUCCGUUCGCACGUAGCGAGGGCCGGGCCAAGCUCCUGGCCAAGAACCGGCAGACGUUCAUCUUGCAGACCACCAAGCUGACGCGCGUCGCCCGGCGAGUGUGUGAGGACAUCUUGCAGCCUCGCCGAGCUGCCCGCCGGCCUUAUGCCUCCAUCAACGCCAACGCUGUCAAAGCAGAGUGUAUCAUCAGGUUACCCAAAGCGACGAAAAACCCAGUGAAGAGCAAAAUCAUUCCCAGACCGUCGCUGGCCAACAUCGUGAAGGAUCUGGCCAUCUCUGCUCCCUUGAAACUGAAGGCCUCCAGAGGACCCCCUACUCCUAUUAACAGGAACCAGGCAAGCCAGCCACGAGUGGGCCCCAGCCUGCUCGGGAAGAGGGGCUUCGACAGCGCUUCAGGCGUGCCCUACCCAGCCAAUGGGAGGCCGUACACUUCAGGUAUGAGGACCACCUCUCAGUCCGUCAUUAAACGGCAGAAGGUCAGCCAGGGCGAAGCUCCUAAUCCAGUGGUGUUUGUGGCCACUAAGGACACCAGGGCUCUGAGGAAACAUCUGACCCAAUCGGAGAUGCGUCGUGCGGCCAGAAAACCUCAUCUCCCAGUCCGGAUCAAGCUGCCCCCUCCCCCUCGUGCUGUGGCGAUGCCCCUGAUCCCCUCCAGCACCAGCGAGCCCAUCGUCCUGGAGGAUUGAAAUGGAGGAGGCAGAGGGCUUUUUUUCAGGACACGGGGUUCAGGGAGUCCGGGUGGAGUCUUGGCCCUGGCAUCGCACCUGUAGUUGUUAAUUCUUCUUUCCUGUGUCGCUUCUUUCUUUAGCUGUCCGCACCCCACAUGGUCAUACUAACACGUCUGGGCUUCUUCGUAGUUCUUUUUUUUCCUCCCACACUUCUCCCCUUCUCCUCUUUUUUUUUUUUUUUAACGUUUUUAAAUGUGUAAUUUAAGACCUCCCCAUCGAUGGUGAUGAAGCACACUUUGUUUUUCCCUCCACGACUCUACUAUUGUGUAAAUAUGAGCAUCAUUAAGUGGAGAGGGUGACAGGAUGCGAUGAUGGCCCCCCACUGUCCCACUAAUCCCAUUGCCAUUGUUUUUAUCAGGCUGAGUUGACAUUGCAAACUGUUAUUGUUACGAGAACACAUCUCCUGGGUCAGUUUUAGUCUAAUACAGUGAGUAAUUGGAGCGACUCUGAAAUGGUGUUCGACUAGACAGGCAUUCCGUUUGACAACUGCUCUGAUGUGCUCAAUCCCCACCGUGAAUAUACACAAGUGAGCUGUUUUUAAACCCACUUUUCAUUGUGAAUCGUCUCCUGACGUCCACCUCAGUUUGAUUUUCUACCAAGUGGGGGGGGGUUAGAACUCUACAAAGCCUUCCCCACCCCCACAUCAAACUACGUUUCUACAUUUUAGGAAGAUUUGUCGUCUUUUUUUUUCUUUUUUGUGUCUCAUUACAUUCGGUGAUUGUGAUUGGCUCUCCUAACCCCCACGUCAUUUGGUGUCUCCAGAAUGAAGCCAAAUGAAGAGGUUUUUGACUUUGUUACUGUGUUAUGCAGCAAUAUAUUCGCAAUAGGGCCAAAAAAAGUUCCGAUGUUCUCUACACGGCCUUAAAUUUGUCCUGCACGUUGCUGAUGAACAGAUUUGUCAUUGUGUGAGAAAUUAAUGUCAACUGAUUCUGGGAUGUGUCAUGGUUUUUUUUAGGCUUAAAAUGUUUGCACCUUGAUAAAAGGGUGAGCUCUAAUUGGAUGAUUAUCACCCAGCGCUUUCCCUCUGUGUGAGGGUUACAGGGGUUUUUCCAUGUUUGGUCCCAAUGUGGGCUCUGUAAUGUUUCUCAAAAAAUACAAAUAAAACAAUUUGAUCCGUUUGUAGCAAAUACUAGUCUGUGUUUUCACGAAAAAAUAAAAGGUGACUAUUGGAUUUUUCUUCCAUCUGAACUGUGGAAUUCUCCACUAAUGUAGAGUAGGCUCUCGCUGCAAGUGAGCAUGUGACUCUGUGCUCUCCUUUACGGUGGGUGGACUGGCAUUCAAAAGGGAAGGGGCGUGGACUUUUUUGUAUGACGGAGAGACAAACAUGAUGCGACAAAAGCUCUUUUCUCAAGUGUUUUUUAUUCCGGCG